AUGAUAUCACGUGAAGUUUUUGUGACUUUGCAAGAACACGUUGGCAGAGUGCAUCAUGUCCUUAUAAACUGUUUAUUAUCUCCACUCAAAAAAGAUAUUGUGACGAAGAGUGGCGGUCCCCAGAAGGCCUUAAGCGGUCAAGGGAUGCCAAGAAUCCCUGGGAAGUAUGCAAUAGCGGAGGGAUGUUGCAGAAAAAUUCAGAAUGGCCCCUCUAUGGUACUUAAACUUGGAACGCUCAAUGUUGGAUCACUGACUGGCCGCAGCAUAGAAAUCGCAGAAAUGCUCGAGCGUAGAAGGAUUGACAUCUGCUGCCUUCAGGAAACCCGAUGGAAAUCGAAUGGUGUCUGUCAUGUCAACUCAGACAAAAAAAAAAUAUAA